CAGCUGCCAAAAGUAAAACACUUUUUUCUCUCAUUAAAGUUACACAUAUGCAUAUUUCAGAAUUUGUCAUUUGAUCGUAUAUACGCUGCUAUCAAAAUCAAAUUCAAUAAACCUCAAUGAAUCCAAUACAUAACAAAUAAACACUCAUUUUCGGUGUUACGUUCAACGAUUUAACGAGAAAAGGAAUAAGUGUCAAUCGAGUGACGGACCACAUAACACAAAUUCAUUGGUUAACAAUUCACAAAAAUGCUUACAAAUAGUUUAUUGUGUUAUUUUUUGGCACUAUUUUUAGUGUAUCAGAGUGUAUCUGGUGUAGAAUUAACAUUCGAUUUGCCAGAUAGUGCUCGUGAUUGUUUUUAUGAAGAGGUUAAAAAGAAUACGUCCGUAGUUUUAGAAUAUCAGGUUGUGACCGGAGGGCAAUACGAUGUUGACGUAGUGCUAGAGGGACCAAACCAAGAAAUUCUUUAUCAAAACACUCGAUCUCAAUUCGAUUCACAUCAAUUCACAACAGAUACGGACGGUGUAUAUACGGUGUGCUUUAGCAAUGAAUUUUCAACAUUCAGUCACAAAAUUAUUUAUAUGGAUUUCCAAGUUGGCGAAGAAAACCCAUUGACACCAGACUUUGAAGCGCAUUCGACGGCAUUGACACAACUCGAAUCAGCCGCUCAGGAAAUUCACAAGAGCCUGAACGCGAUCUUAGAUUAUCAAACACAUCAUCGUUUGCGUGAAGCUCAAGGUCGCAAACGGGCCGAAGAAUUGAAUGAACGUGUACUUUGGUGGUCAAUUGCUGAAGCAUUCGCUAUUUUCGCCAUCACAAUCACACAAGUGCUUGUACUAAGAAACUUCUUCACUGAUCGGGCCGCGCAUCAACCACGAUACGGACGUUUGUAAAACAGUUUUUUUUAGCUUAAUAUUGAGUACAUGAUGUAAUUUAUCUUUGCUGUUUAAAUUUUUUUUCCAUAACACGGUGCAACAUAAACAAAGAACAAAAAACAAAACAGAAAAAUCUUUUUAAAGGAAAACUCAACAGAAUGAACAAAUUAGUGUGCUUAGAUUGAGAAUGCAAUUUAUGUAUUUAAAUAAAAACAAAAUGGAACAAAAUACCAAAACGAAUGUAACAUU